AGGAGACGAGAGAGGAGGGUGUGAGGUUGGAUGGUUGGUAGACCUGGAGCCAGGUCCGAGCCCCAGGGUGGAGGGUGGAGGGCAGGGUGACCCCAGUCCCACCUGGCCCCAGGAGCAGUGUACCCAGGCCCGGAGCCAGACCAGGGGCAGAGAGGGCAGCAGGCUGGAGCGUGCUGCCCAGCUUGAGGGUGCCCGGGGCAGGGAGCAUGAAGACAAUGUGUCCCGCCUCCGGAGCUCUUCCCUGGAGAUCAGAGAGAAGGGCACCGAGAUACUCAGAGAGCAGCUGGACGCUGCACAGAAGGAGCUGAAGCUAAAGGAUAAGGAGUGUGAGCGUCUGUCACAGGUCCGGGAUAAACUAGAACAGGAGCUGGAGGAGCUCACUGCCAGUCUGUUUGAGGAAGCUCACAGGAUGGUGCGUGAAGCCAACGUGAAACAAGCAGCAGCAGAGAAGCAGCUGAAGGAGGCUCAGGGCAAGAUUGAUGUCCUGCAGGCCGAGGUGUCAGCCCUGAAGACCAUGGUCCUGACCUCCACCCCCUCUUCCCCCAACCGUCAGGCCCACCCUCAGCUCCUCUCCCCGGGCACUAGGUCCAGGGGGGCCAGCCCCCACCAUGGAGGGGGACACACACGCAACAAGAGCGCCAGCUGGGCCCUGCCAUUGGCCACUGGUGGGCACUUAGACCCGCCCUCUGUCUCCCUGCAGCCAGUCACAGAGGACAAAGAGAUGGACAACGUUCUGUAUGCGGAGUUCCUGACCUGGAGAGACAGACCUAGUCUGGACAGAAGUUCAGCCUUCCUGGGGCGGAUAUACAGGGAGGACAUCGUCCCCUGCCUCUCCUUCACACGAUCUGAGUUGUCUCAGUCGGUACAGAGUGCAGUGGAGAACAACUCUCUGACCAUCGAGCCGGUGGCCAUGUCAGCUUUACCCGUGGUCAAAGCCAACGCCAUAGAGUGUGGCGGGCCCAAGAAGUGUGCGUUGAGCGGCGUGUCCCGGUCCUGUAAGCACCACAUCAAACUGGGUGACAAAGAGGGUUACUACUACAUCUCUCCCUCCAGCAGGGCACGGAUCACGGCUGCGUGUAAUUUCUUCACCUACAUCCGGUACAUCCAGCAGGGUCUGGUCAGACAUGACGCGGAGCAGAUGUUCUGGGAGGUGACACGUCUACGGAGGGAGAUGACUGUGGCCAAGCUGGGCUUCUACCUCACAGACCAGGGGUAGAAGGACAGACGGGAGGAGAUGGUCACCAUAGACCUGGGUCGUGUUUAGACCAGGGGUAGAAGGACAGACGGGAGGAGAUGGUCACCAUAGACCUGGGUCGUGUUUAUUAAGGCGCGCCGUAGCAAAACGUUUCAAAAAUGUUGCGCGACGGACAACGAAAAUGAAACUUAUUUCUUCCUCUUCGUGCCCAGUGAACACGGCCCAGGGCUAGAAGACAGGAGACACCAAUCAACUGUACCCUUUUCACACUGUCGGGACAACCCAAACCGAACUGGGCUGGCUUGGUUUGGCUCGGCCCUCAGGAGAACUAUGCUGCUCACUAUUCAUUCACAUGGAUGCCAUAAAGUACAGGACCCUCCGGUACUGCUGCAUUACCCCAAGGUGUUGUCUCUCCUCACCUUUUAGAACCACUGUUGUCUCUCCUCACCUUAGAACCACUGUUGUCUCCUCCCUCCUUAGAACCGCUGUUGUCUCCUCCCUCCUUAGAACCACUGUUGUCUCCUCCCUCCU